AUGGGAAAUCGAUAGAGUGAUAUUUCAUAGAGAGAUGAAUAAAAACAUGUUCAUAAUAUAAACAGAAGUGAUUUUCUUUACAUGUUUGGGGCUAAUUAGGAUGGACAUGGUGAGAUUAUAGUAUUUGAUUCUUGCAGAGAAUAGUUUUGCUUUCAAAAUACUCCUCUCGGGAUGAAAAUUUUUGACUAUAUGGGUGUCAUAAAGGUGUCAAACAAUCUGAUAUAUUUAAGUGGUGGAAUUAACAAAUAAAAAAAUCAUAUCAGUGAUGAAUUAAUUGAAUAUAAUCCCAUAACUAACUCAUACUCUUACUUAUCCAGCAUGAAAAAUUCUAGAUAUACUCAUUGCCUCACCUUUAAAAAUGGUAAACUUUAUGCAAUAGGCGGACGUACUUAUGGAGAAGGUAUAAAUGGACUUCUUGCAUCUUGUGAAGUAUAUGAUUUUUCUAAUAGAAAUUGGAAGGAGAUAUCACCUCUUUCAGAACCAAGAUGCACAUUCUUUACAUUCUAAUACAAUGAUGAAAUCUACGUUUGUGGAGGGUUUAACGGAAAUAAGAAAAGGACAGAAUUAAUAGAAAAAUACAAUGAAUCUUAAAACUGUUGGGAAACAAUAGAAAUGAAAUUAAACAAGGGAAUUGAGUGUGGUAAUCUUCAUAUUUUAGAAUAAAGUAAGGAUGAAUUUGUUAUAUUUGGAGGAAAUUGCAAAGAAGGACCCACUAACGAGUGCUGGAGAUACAAUUUAAAGAAAUAAACUUAUGAGCUUAUUGGUAAAAUGUAGGCAAAGAGGGUAUUAUCUAAAAGUAUAUUAACAUCGAAAGGCUAGAUUUAUAUAUUAGGAGGAGACAGAGAACUAAGCAAUAACAUUUAGAAUUUUUAGAAUUCAUUUUAAUAAUAAAAAAAAGAAGAGUUAGAAAAUAUUUAAAAUGAUUUUUUAAAUUAAUUUAAUAAUGAGAUAAAAAGAGAAGAAAAUAUUUUAUAAAAAAUACUAAAGUAAGUAGAGAAUAAUGAAGGUUAAGGUUGUUUUUAUAAGGAUUAAAAAAAAGAACAGCAUGUAAUUAGAAUGAAAGCUGAUUUAGAAUAAUCAAAAUCGUUAUAGGUCAACAACAUUAAUAAUAAUUAAAAUCACAUCUAAGAUAAAUAAACAGUAGAAAAAACUUCUUUUCUCAGCUAUGGUUUAAAGUUUGAAAGGAUAUAUUCAUUGGAAUCAGAUUAAAUCUUUAAAAAAAGAUCCUAUCAAAAUUGGAAAAAUUACUCAUAAGCAAGUGAGAUAUAAAUUGUAAAAUGCAGCGUAAAUGAGCUUUUAAGUAUACAAAAUUAAGACAAUUUAAAGAGAAAAAGAAAUAAUUCUUUUGGAGAGUAAGCUAAUAAUAUUUUGAAGAACUUCAUCAGUCCAAAUAAAUAAGAUUAGGAGAAAAGCCCAAAUAAUAUAAGUAUCGAAGAAGUAAAUAUUUUGCAAUAGCACAUUAGAAAUAGUCAUUCUAUGGAUAUAGAAGAAGAAUAGUAUGGUAAUUUAAUUUAAGAUGAAUAUAACUAAGCCAGAUAGUUCAGGGCUGUUUCGAUCGCACUAAAUAAUGAUGCUGAAAAUCUUCAACUUUAAUUUGAUUAAAAUAUAAAUAAAGCUUGCAAUUUGCCUCGAGAAAAGAGAUUUUAAUCAGUGUAGUAUGCAAGAGAAAAUUUGAGAGCAUAGAUUGAUAAUGAAGAAUAGAUCAAUCAUUAUUAAAAUGAAUAGCACUAAAUUUCAGGGAACUAAAAUAUUAAUAAUCCUAAUAACCACUAGGUACCUUUCAGUAGAAGGUUUUACAUAUUUGGAAUUUCUGAGAACCAAGAUUUUAUAGCAGAAAUAGAUAUUCUCAAUCAGAAUCUUUUAAAAAAGAAAAGACCUAAAAAAUUGAAAUUACUAUCUUACAGAAGUGGAGUAAGAUUUGAGGAAAGUGAGAGUAUAUUUAUUUGCGGAGGAGUGAAUGAUGAAAUGACGAAGAUAUCCAGUUCAGUGUAUAUGUAUUAUCCUAACGAAGAUAGAGUAGAUAUUUUAAAACCUAUGAACUCAAGAAGGUAUACAUUUUGCUGUGUUAAAAAAGGAAACUACAUUUACGCUUUAGGAGGAAGAUCAUAUGGCAACGAUGACGCAGCAAUAAUGAGUAAAUGUGAGAGAUAUAAUAUUGCCACAAAAGAAUGGGAAGUUAUUGCGAGCAUGAAAUAUAAGAGAUGCUCUUUUAUGGCUUCUUGUGUAGAAAAUAAAUUAUAUGUUGCUGGUGGAUAUGGUGGGAGUAUGGUUAGACAUUCUACUUUUGAAUGUUAUCAUGAGGCUGAAGACAGGUGGGAGUUGAUGGGUAUAGAAUUAAUUGAGCCUAUUGAAGCAUCUACACUUUUAAAUAUAGCCUCUCAUGAUAACAAAAUCAUUUUAAUAUUAGGCGGUAGAUCAACAAAAGAUGAUAGCGACAAAGUUUAUUGUUAUGACAUUAAACAUGGAUUUGAUGCCUUUUAAGGUAAUUUAUGUGGAACAUUAUCUAGUAAAAGAUGUCUACAUAAAUAAAUACCAUUAAAUCACGACUCUACUACUUUUUUAUUAUUGGGUGGAUUUACAAAAGGUGAGAGAGUAUCAGCUUAUUCCUUUAAUGCCUAAACUAAUUAGCUAUAGAACCAAAGUAAAGAAUUUUAAAAUCUUAUUAACAAGCUUGAUAGCUUUCUAUUUAAAGAUUUACUCUAAAACAAGGACUAUACUCUAAGAAGAAACUUAUUACUAUGA